CAACCGCGAGCGAUUGAGCGCAGUUUCCGGUUUGUUUUCCGGGUGUUGACAGUUGGAAAAAGAAGAAUGACAGCGGACACAAAAUCGGCCCUCGGCAGCGCCGAGCACAAGGCGUCGAGUGAGAAGGUGCGAGAGAUGAAGCUGAAUGGACAUGUUGGGUUCGACUCGCUUCCCGACCAGCUUGUGAAUAAAUCCGUGUCCCAAGGUUUCAGCUUCAACAUCCUCUGUAUAGGUGAAACGGGACUGGGUAAGAGCACGUUACUGGACACCUUAUUCAACACGACGUUCGAUUCGACUCCUGCGACCCAUGAUCUUCCCGGGGUGAAACUGAAGUCAAACACAUACGAGCUGAAAGAGAGUAAUGUCAACCUGAAGUUAACCAUCAUAGAGACGGUUGGAUACGGUGACCAGAUUAACAAGGAGGACAGCUUCAAGGCCAUCGUCGACUACAUCGACGCACAGUUUGAGAACUUCCUGCAGGAGGAGAUGAAGAUCAAACGCUCGAUCCACUCGUUCCACGACACGCGCAUCCACACCUGUCUCUACUUCAUCGCUCCCACCGGACACUCAUUGAAGGCGAUAGACCUCGUGUGUAUGAAGAAGCUGGAUAGCAAGGUCAACAUCAUUCCUGUCAUUGCCAAGGCUGACUGCAUCGCGAAGAAUGAACUGCACAAGUUCAAGAUUAAGAUCAUGAGUGAGCUGGUGAGCAACGGAGUGCAGAUAUAUCAGUUUCCCACCGACGAUGAAACCGUAGCGGAUAUCAACGCCACCAUGAAUAGCCACAUUCCGUUCGCUGUAGUUGGCAGCAAUGACUUUGUCAAGGUUGGCAGCAAGCAAAUGAGAGCACGAGAGUAUCCCUGGGGAACAGUACAAGUGGAGAACGAGACACACUGUGACUUUGUGAAGCUGAGAGAGAUGCUGAUCCGCACGAACAUGGAAGACCUGCGUGAGCAGACGCACACGCGUCAUUACGAGCUCUACCGACGCUGCCGCCUCGCUGAGAUGGGCUUCGAAGACUCCGAAAUCAACAUCACCGAAGUGUGGGAGCAGAACAGACAG